AUGGUCAAGGCUGCCCCUGUUCUAGUCGCUGUUCUCCGUGGAGACUCCAACAUCAAGGGCACUGUCACCUUUGAGCAGGCCAGCGAGAGCUCCCCUACCACCGUCUCAUGGAACAUCACUGGCCACGACCCCAACGCUGAGCGUGGUAUCCACGUCCACCAGUUUGGUGACAACACCAACGGCUGCACAUCUGCCGGUCCUCAUUUCAACCCCUUCGGAAAGACCCACGGUGCUCCUACUGACGAAGAUCGCCAUGUUGGUGACUUGGGCAACUUCAAGACCGAUGCUCAGGGCAAUGCCGUUGGCUCUGUCGAGGACAAGCUCAUCAAGUUGAUUGGUGCUGAGAGUGUUCUUGGUCGCACUAUUGUCGUCCAUGCCGGUACCGAUGACCUUGGUAAGGGUGGCAACGAGGAGUCUAAGAAGACCGGUAACGCUGGCCCCCGUCCAGCUUGUGGUGUCAUUGGUAUCUCUGCUUAG